AUGCGAUGUGCAACGAAAAUCCUUGGUUGUGUCACCCUCUAUUCACCUGAAAAGCAUGUUGGUUUGACAACGAAGUCGAAGUCUGAGGACUGGUUCAGAACGUGUGAUGUGCAAAAGAACACCCAUCCAUGGUACUCACUCUCCCCUAAAUCUUCAGAUGAAAGCGACUUCUCGUCUGGAGUUUGGGAGAAACUAUGCGACUUACAACAAAACAAUGGCAAGGGCAAUAAUGACACGGAGUGGCUGGCGAACAAUGGUGAAGAAGUUAAUAAUCGAAUGAUGGAGCAAAAUGGCUUCAAGAAAAUAAGUUGUUUAGACGGUCCCUCGAUUGUCGCUACUGGGGGGAUUGAAGAUGAAAAUGCGAGGGUACUUCGAAGGAUUCCAACUCCCUCACUAAUACUCAACUUGAGCAAAAACAGAAAAGCUUGCGAGAUAUUUUCCGCAGAUCUCGUACUUGUGGACAAGGCACUUGCAUGUUCUCUCGAAGGCGAAGGGCGAAGGGAAGUGGAGUGGACUUUGUGGAAUGUUGAGAACGUCGGGGACAUGUGCAGUUGGUUGUUUUGCUCGGGAAAAGGCAUCCCCGAAGGUCAGUUGGCGAAAGGCUUUUCGAGGUUCUACGAUGCUGUCAUGAAUUAUUAG